AUGUUUAGCAGAGCACUGGCUUCUCGCUCAGGAGUUUCGGCCUGCAGCCCAUCGCAGCCACUCCCUACUACGCCCUUUGCAGUUCGUCCUUCUAUCCAGGAGGUUAAAUCUCAGAAACUAGACCCGAGGAACCUUGAGGCGGCCGUACGACAUAUUCAUCAGGACGGCCUGGUAGUAGUCGAGGACGUCGUCCCCCACCAGCACCUCGACUUUCUCAACGAGAAGAUGGUGCAGGACGCCCGCACUCUACAAGCACGCGGAAAGGAUGGACCGUUCAACUAUAAUCAGGGGAACCUCCAGCAAGAUGCUCCACCUGUGGCUGAAUACUUCCAGUCGUCCAUCUUCAUCAACCUCAUCGCCACGCAAAUCACUUCCGCCAUCCUCGGCCCCAAGCCUAGAUGGACCUUUUGCUCCGCCAACUCCGCCAUGCCCCCUCUCCUCGGCUCCGCCCCUCAGCGACAGCCUGUACACUCCGACGCAGACUUCGCCCACCCAGACCACCCUUUUGCGCUGGUCAUUAACAUCCCGCUCGUCACGAUGACGCCCGAUAACGGCUCCACCGAGCUGUGGCUGGGCACGCACCAUUUCGGCGUCGACGUGCAGGAGGGCGCACACGGCGAGCGGGCGAGCGGGCGGAUCAAGCCAGCCCUGUUGGCAGAGCGGGAGAAGGGGAGCAGAGGGCCGAGUCAGCCUGUGGUGAAGAAAGGUAGCAUCGUCAUUCGGGACUUAAGGCUGUGGCAUGCUGGGAUGCCGAAUAGGAGUGAUCAGGUCCGAAUUAUGCUGGCCAUGAUUCACUUUGCUCCGUGGUACCGGAAUAAGAUGAGAUUGACCUUGGGCGAGGAUAUCAAGCCUGUUUUUGAAAGGCUCGAGGCAGAGGGAAACUUAGGGCUUGAUGUAAGUGCCGUUGACUGGCGUUCGACUGAAAAGAUUUUGGGCAAGGGUGGCUAUCUGGAUCGUGGAUUCGGGAACAGUUAUGACUUCGAUCAAGAGCCGUGA